CAAAGAGCGGCGGCGCCGGCCUGGGACGGCGGGCUGGGGAGCGCGACACGGGGACACCGCCGGCGCCUCACCGUCGGCACACACCGCCAGCCCCGCCGCAGAAACAGCGGAGGGAAAGGAAGGUGUUUAAUUAAGGCACUGGAGCAUUUCUCGUACUGGCAAAGGCUGAGGGAGUUGCGGCUCUUCAGCCCCAGAAGAGGCGGCUGAGAGGGGACCUCGUCCAGGAGUAUCUGAAGGGAGGCGUCAAGAGGAUGGAUCACGCUCUGCUCGGUGGUGCCAAGUACUAGGGCAAGAGGGAACGGGCAGAAACUGAUGCACAGGGAGUUUCAACCGAAUAGGAAGAACUUUUGUGUGCAGUGACCCCACACUGAAACAUUGCCUAAAGAGGUGUGGAGUCUCCCCUGAUUCAAGUGGACACAGUCCUGUGCAAUGUGUUGUAGAAUGGCCCUUCUUAAGCAAGGAGGUUGGACCGAAUGACCCACAGCUGUCCCUUGCAGCCUGACCAGUUCUGUGACUCCGGGACCUGUGAUUCUGUGAUAGGGAGAAAAAGACUCAGGGCAGUCACUGAGAUGGUCCUGGAGGUGCCACAGCCUGUGGCUGGUGGCCACAGGGCAGGCCCGGCCAGGCAGCAGCCUCACAGUGGCCUGUCUUUGCCUCUUGUUUUUUACCCAUGAAACCAGCUUCAUCUGAGCCACAGAUUUUCUUGCUUUUAAUCAUCCUAGCCUCCCCCCGCCAUGCUGCUGAGAGCUGGGUGGGUGCUUGGCAGCUGGUGAAACAGCCCACUGCUGUCCCUGUGAUACCCAGUGUUGUGGUGACUGCUGUGCUGCUUAUCACUGUGUUCUGCUCUGCCUGAGAGACCUAUGAUAAAGGCAAUGACCAUGAGCCAUGUCUGGCAUUUAGCCCCUGCAUUGCUGCCAUCCCAGUGCUCAGAGAACAAUCUCAUGGAGUCUUUCCUUCUCUUCUUCUCCAGGACAGAUGUUCCCAAGCUUGUAAUGGCAAGAUCAGCAUCAUCACAUCACAUCCCCAUGGAUGUGAUCAGUAAAACAAAUGUCAAGUUUCCACCAAUUAAUAAAAAGGCAUAGUGUAUUUCUGGAAACUGCACAUUUAGGAUCACAGUCAGCUUAACGAACGCCUCUGAUGUGAAGCCACUUUGCAGGAAAUGUGACCUCAUUCGGGCUCGGUGCCGCUGAUUGCACAGGCUGUUUUCAAAAGGAAACAGGGACUUGCUAGACCUGCCUUUGCGAAGAGCCAGGGCUGAGCUCUCCCGGGAAGCUGCUCAAGGAACAGCCUCCACCAGCCGUCCCACGGGCUCUCGGGCUGAUGAAGAGAAAAUUUUUGCACGCAUGUGUUAAUUGUGAAAUGGAUUUUCCAGGUUCAACACCAUUUAAUGAAGAGCAUAGACACAGCAUCUCAAGACAUAUUUUUCCAAGUUGUGCUUGUGCCUUUUUGGAUGACGAUCCUGCCUAUGAGUGCUCCACAAAUCCUCUGGCAGGCUCCCUUCCUACAUGCCGCCGCAGCCCUCGACUGCUUUCUAAUGGUUAUUAUGUUUUGACAGAAGACAGUUUUCUGUCUGAUGAAGAGGGCAACAUAACACUGACACCAUCCCACACAAGUGUUACAUAUAAAGAGAAUUUAGUUCGUGUAUUCAGGCGAAGGAAGAAAAUUCGUCGCUCUCUUGACAGCUUGUUCAAUCUCAGUGCCUCUAGCUCAUGGCUCAGCUCCACCAUUCCCAGCAGGAUGGAUUUCUCCCAUGUAGAGGAUCCUUGGCCUGAUGGAUGCAGUAAAAUAGAAGCCAGUCACAGUGAUAUUGGUGAUUCAGACUUUUCUUCUGAAUAUAAUAACCAAGUGUCACAAAGGCAAAUUCCAGCAUCUAAUGGAGCAUUUCUCACCAAAGAUGGUGAGUUUCUUCAUUUUGAGGAACCAUUUUGUGCUUCAAAAUCCUGUUCUUCAUUUAUGAUGAAUGCAAAUGAUGAGAAUUCGAGCAAUGCAGAAUCCAGGACAGUGAAAAAUGUAAUUUCUCAGAUGGUUGCACUGAUCAUGUGUUUAAUCAUUUCAGUAUGUACAAGAUAUUUUCUGGGAGGACUGUCUGCCACUUUGUUGAUGAUGAUUUUAGUUUUUCUUUUGUCCCAAGAUGCUGCUGUGUCAUCUUUCUUCAGUCUUGAUGCAUUUUCCAAAACAACUAAGUUUUGGUAA